UUUAUGUUAUAUAUGAUAUGUAUUGUGUUAUGUUAUAACAAAGAUUUCCAUUAUUAAGUCGAUAUGGAGACAAAUGAAAAUGAGCGGUAUGUUUCAUUUUCUUUAAACAGUGUACAUGAAGGUGUUCAAGAUAAUAUUUCUCAUGAAGAGAUAUGUGAACCAAUUAAUGAUUGUGUCCUACAAGAUAGUAUAAAUGAGGUUUCAAUUGAUGAUAUAAAUCAUGAUAUUACAGAAACUGAAGUUGCGGUAGAAAUUUUAACAGAAAAUUCUGGAGAUGAAGAGGAAAAUUCAGUUGUAUAUCCUAUUUAUAUUAAAAAGGAAUCUUCACAAUUAUUUACAACUGGAGAUGAGUCAAUGGCUGUUGAAGCCUUGCGUCAAUUAGGUGGAAUGUAUCCUUGCUUUGAAAACAAAAAAGUUACAUGUCCUCAUUGUACUAAUAUAUUCAAUGAAACAGAAAUACUUAAGCAUCAGAGUAUAUGUCCAUUUGACAAACAUAUCUGUAAUAUAUGUGGUGAAAAGUUUGAAAGAAAAAUUGAUUUAAACAACCAUUUAGUGUGUCAUCAGGUUGAUCGGCCGCAUGCUUGUAGAACAUGUGGAAAUUUAUUUCGUUCUAAACCUAAUUUACAAACUCACAUGGUUGAAGUUCAUCAAGUUUCACGACCUCACAAAUGUACUGUUUGUGGAGCAGAUUUUCAAAGACCAUCAAGUUUGUCUAAUCAUAUGAAAAUUCAUAGUUAUGUAGCUGGAAGAGCAUUGAUGCAAGGAAAUAAUAUAAUAAAUUGUCAAACAUUAAAAAAUAUUUCUAAUUCACAACAGUCAUCAAUUUUAACAUCUGUUCAAACAAUACAAAAUUUUGAUAUACCUCAAGUACAAUGGACCAUACAAACAUAUGAUCAAAGCAAUGUUGAUGGUCUUACUAGUCAUUCUGACAAAAUAGACACUUUACAAGAGUUUACGGUAUUACCUAAUGGAGAAGUUGCACAAUUAGAAUAUAAUUCCCAAAAUACUAUAAAUGAUCAAAUAUGUCAAGAAUAUAACUUAACUUUAAAUUCGUUUAAUAAUUCUGAUACUUUGUCAAAAGUAGAAGCAAUUAAUUUGAAUAACCAGGCUAAAAGAACUUAUAUUGAAGUAGAUGUACAAGAAAACAGAGGAUAUAUUUGUAACCAAUGUGGUGUUACCUUUGCACGUGCAUCAUCUUUAUUUUUACAUGAAAAAACACAUACAAAAAGUGAUUGGGCUACUCCAGUUGAGUGUGAAUAUUGUGAUAAACAAUUUCAAGAUUCUAAUUUUUUAAUUACUCACCAAGCAUCCUGCACCAAAAAAUUACUCCAAAAUAAUACAGAGUCUACUACCACUAAUGCAAAGUGGGGUAAACAUGCUUGUUCAGAAUGUGGUAAAAAAUUUACAACAAAACAAAAAAUGUUUAGGCAUCAAUGGAUUCAUAGAAAAAAGACUCAUUCCUGUGAAAUUUGCGGAUCACAAUUUGAAAAGCAAUCUGAACUUGAUGAACAUCGAUUAUCUGCACAUCCAGGGGAUUCACCAUUUACUUGUAAUGAAUGUGGUAAAAGUUUUGUAUCGCGUCAAGGACUCUGGGAACAUGGUAGAACUCAUGCAGGAAGUCCAGCUUACUUUCAUUGUGAUACUUGUUCAAAAACUUUUUCUUCUAGACAAGGAUAUUUAAUACAUCAUCGUACACAUACAGGAGAACGUCCUUAUGGUUGUAAAUUUUGUUGGAAAGCUUUUCGUGAUGGAGGUACUUUAAGAAAGCAUGAACGAAUACAUACAGGAGAAAGGCCUCAUGUCUGUCCAUUAUGCACAAGAGCGUUUAAUCAAAAAGUAGUUUUACGUGAACAUGUUCGAUGGGUACAUGCUGCUGGAAAAAAUGAAACUGAAAUUUCUGGACCUCCAUUUUCAUGUCCUUUAUGUGCUACGUUAACUCAAGAUCGAGAUGAAUUAUGUGCUCAUAUUGUCAAACAUUCUGAUCAAAUGAUAGCCGAAGCUAAAGCUAAAAGUAACAAUGUAAUUAUAAAAGCAAAACCAUUGAAAAAGAAAGGAAAAGUAUUAGAUAAACCAAAAGCAUAUAAUUUAAAAGCAAGAAGUCAAAUGAUUUCUGAUAUAGACCCUAAUAAAACUUUAUUUAAUAUUACAGAACAAGUAAAAAAUUCAUCGGAAAUACAAAAUACUUAUUUAAUCUUAAAAAAUGAUUAUAAUAAUGUUUCUCAAAUAGAUAGACCGAAUAAAUCUGUUGAUGUAAUAUCAAUUGAUAAAUCUAAUAUUAAUGAUAAAAAAAAUCAAGAAAGAACAGUUGAUAUUAUAAAUAAAGAAGCUAAUAUUAAUACAAUGCAUAUAAUACCAUUUACAUCUGAUGAAACAAUUCAUCUUAUUGCUACUCAUAAGCAAACUAGUACUUUACAUUUUAUAUCAAAACAAAACGAAAACUUACCUGUUUUAGCAAUUCCUAAUUCUCAAAAUAAUGAAAGUUUUUCAGGUCAAAUAUCAGAAAUUAAUGACCCUGAAUCAUUAAUGAAGUUGGUUACAAAUAAUUGUCCAAUACACGAUGAUGCAUUUGAAGAAACUGAUAAUUCAAAAACUAUGAUAAUCAAGUCUGCUUCUAUCCAAUCUCCCAAUAUUAGGUAUAAGCAAAUUGUAAAUAAAGAAAAUAAUCAUACUGAAAGUGAAGAAUUAAUAUGUGGUAUUUGUGGAAAUGAUUUUGAUAACAAGAAUGUAUUAAUGGACCAUGUAAAAUUUCAUAUAUAAACAAUUUUGAUAAAU